AUGACACAUGCAGUGACGUUUGAAUGUAAAUUAAAUGGUAAUGCUACGCCAUCAUUUGUUUCACUGGCAACACAUCCGUGUCAACAACGCUUUGAAUCUCCUGAGUAUAAACAAUGCCUCAAAAGUCGACACAUACCAACGGCACUUUACGGUUUUGUUUGGCGCCAAUAUUCAGCUACAGAAGUGUUCAUGAAUUCAUCGAAUGGGGUAGAACUCAAUCGAAUCCUUGGUGUCGACAAAAUUAUCGUUUAUGAUUAUUCCAUAUCGGAAAGAUGUGAAAAAUAUUUUGAAAUUCUAUUCGGAACGCAAUUUCUCAGAAAUUUAUUCCAUGGAGACUUCCGUUUCCGGUUCAACAUCACAUUCAUUAACUUUGGUCAAACUGUUGCACUGAAUGACUGUCUUUUCAGGACUAAGCAAAUCUCAGAAUUUAUGUCGAAUAUCGACUUGGAUGAAUACAUUGUUCCUCAUUCGGGGAAUGCUUUCAACUGGACUCAAAUGCUGAAAGAUCUUGACCAAUCGGCGGAUGGAUUCAUUUUCAAAAAUACCUUUUUCAGAAAAGAAUGGACAAAUGAUGAGGUAGAAUUUAAAGGAAAGACAAAGGCCAAACAACUAAAGUUAAUAACCUUGAAACAUUUUGAUCACGAGACAAAGAUAUAUCGCCACAUGGACCGUUCAAAGUAUUUUGUUCGGCCAUCACGUGUCAAUUAUAUUCUUAUACACGAAAUCCCCAAUGCACGUGUUGUAAAGGUUACUCAACAAAUAGGUUUGCUCCACCACUAUAGAAACUGGGAGAAUUACGAGGAUAAACAGCAAAGGGUUAAAGAUACUACAGUACUCGACAAAUUUGAAGACGUGCUUAUCAACAAUGUUGAACGCGUAUGGAAAGAAUUAAAGUUGAAGAAUCUAAUGUUAGAAUAA